AUGUCAAAUAGAUCAAAUAAUUAUACCAAUAAUUAUAAUACUGUUACUAAUAUGAAUAACAGUAAUCUUAGUAAUCUUGGUCGCAAAUGGUUAGAACCCGCUCAACUUCUUCCACUACCACCUCCACAUCUCCCCACGAGGACAAUAAAAGCAAAUCAAAAUGUAAAUGCUGCCAUUGCCGCUUCCACUGUUACUGCUAAACAAAAAUUACAACAAUUAGAACAAUUAGAAAUUAACUCAACAACGAUUACAGCAGCUACUGCAGAUCAAUACAACAAAUACGACAAAUACUUUACAACAACUAUUAACAAUACUACCCAAAGUCAAGCAGCACGACAACAACAAGCAUUAAAUAUUAGACAACUUUUAACUGGACAAUCUUUAUGA